CUCGACCCUUUUCACUUUUUGUUCUUCCCCUUUUUUUCCGCGGGCAACUAGCUGUCACCAUGUCAGACCUCAAAGCUAGCGUCUCCGAAACCGCCAAUGGCUUCCACGUCGAGGGGUACGAGAAGAUUGAAUACGAUUUCACAUUCCUCGAUGGCGUCUUUGAGACCAAGAACGCGCAGCUGGCACAACUCUAUGAGCGCUGGGGUCGGUGCCUCGCCAUCAUGGACAAGAAUAUUUACGACCUCUACGGCGACGACAUGAAACGCUACUUUGACCACCACGAGGUAAAGCUGCAGAUCCAUCAAACAAUGAUUGGCGAGAAGGCCAAGUCGCUAGAGACAUUUACAAGCAUUGUUGAUGUGAUGAAUGAUUUCGGCAUCAUGCGGAAGGAGCCUGUUCUCGUCGUUGGCGGAGGACUCGUUACUGAUGUUGCUGGAUUUGCGUGCGCCGCCUACCGUCGCAACACGAACUACAUCCGCAUCCCCACCACCGUGAUUGGGCUGAUUGACGCAUCCGUGAGCAUAAAGGUCGCCGUCAACUAUGGCAACUACAAGAACCGGCUGGGCGCAUACCAUGCUCCUAUGCACACGCUCCUGGACUUCGGGUUCCUGCGCACCCUUCCCGAGGCGCAGGUACGAAACGGCUUUGCGGAGCUGAUCAAGAUCUCGAGCUGCGCACAUCUUCGCACCUUCGAUCUGCUCGAUGAGUUCUGCGAGAGACUUAUUCAAACGAAGUUUGGCCGUGCAGAUAGUGCAGAGGGCGAGGUCAGACAGGCUGCGGACGAAAUCAACCGCAGCGGAAUAUACAAGAUGCUGAAACUCGAGUCCCCGAAUCUACACGAAAUUGGACUGGACCGGGUUAUCGCGUACGGACAUACGUGGUCGCCGUUGCAUGAGCUCGCUCCGCCCGUUCCCCUUCGCCACGGCCACGCCAUCUCUAUCGACAUGGCGUACAGUGCGACACUGGCCAACACAAGGGGCCUCCUAAGCGACCGCGAGCAUAUCCGGCUUUUGAACCUCUUCUCACGCGCCGGUCUAGCUAUGGACCACGCUCUGUUCACGGAAGAACUUCUCGAGAAGGCCACCGCGGCUAUUCUGAAAACCCGUGACGGCCUCCUGCGCGCCGCAGUCCCAAGUCCCCUUGGAAGCUGCGUUUUCCUGAACGAUGUCACCCGGGAAGAGAUGGGUGCGGCACUGCGUAGGCAUAAGAGUCUCAUGAAGGGGUUUCCACGUGAGGGAGCCGGGAUCGAGGCGUUUGUCGAUGCCAGUGAUACGGGAUAUACGAUGAAUGGGACUGAGCAUGAAGGUGAGAAAGAGAAGGACGGUGCAAAGGUCAUGAAUGGCCAAGCACAUGUGAAUGGAAAUGGGAACGGGCCCACAAAUGCGCAGAAGAUAACCAGUGAUGUGGAAGGAAGCGUGCGCAAUGUCUUCGGAAAUGGAGUUUUUAAUGAGCUGAAGAAGUCAUUGCCCAUGGCUACGCGGAUUGCCUGUGCUGUUGAAGAGGAGGCCUAGAGCGAGCUACAUGUUUACGAGAUGCAUAAAACAUGCUAAGAAAUCGCAGAGCAAGUUUGUUCGAUAGAUAUAUAGGUAGAGGUCGAGGCAUAGCCAUUGCUUGAUAUUGUUUCCGA